AUGGGGGACCCACCGCCCCACCCUGAGCCCCCUUCCCAGGAGCCCGCGAUCCGCAGGGGUUCCCAGGUCUCCGAGCCUAGUCCGGGGCAAAUUCAGCUCCCGGCAGCCGUCCCCGAGGAGGAGGUGCCUCAGACGCCGUUCGACGUCCAGACCCGUCAGGGUGCCCUGAUGGGCCAGGCCAACCUCCCAGGCUGGUCACAGUGGGGCAGCCUACCCCAACAGGAGAACAUGCCCGUGUUCCCGCCCGAGGCAGCCCGGGCGGGCGACGCGGAGUACCCACCCAUGAACAUGGUCUUCCCCUCGGAGUUCCAGACCCUGCCUUACAUGGAUGAAAGCAGGAUCCAAGGCGCUGACCAAUCCAGCCUAAUACUGCAGCAGCUACAGGGGGACCAAAGCAAUCUCUUCCAGCAACUGGAGUCUGCCUACCAGGACCCCCGAGGCAACCUCUUGGACCACUUCUACCAGAGAGAUGCCCAGCACUUAUAUGAAGGCAGCCAGCACUGGCCCUACGUAAGGGCAGACCCUGCCCUGCACGUCACACCCUCCGAGCUGGGCUUCCCGCCCUACGGUACAGAGGUGCCCGAGCCAGGGCCUCGGCAGCUGGCCGUGCAGAACGCAAAGGCCUACCUGCUGCAGACCAGCGUGAGCUGCCACCUCAGCCUGUAUGAGCACCUGGUGAACCUGCUGACCAAGAUCCUGAACCAGCGGCCACAGGACCCCUUGUCCAUCCUGGAGUCGCUGAACCGCACCACGCAGUGGGAGUGGUUCCACCCCAAGCUGGACACGCUGCGGGACGACCCCGAGAUGCAGCCCACCUACGAGGUGGCGGAGAAGCAGAAGGCGCUGUUCGUGCGCGGCGGAGGCGGCGCCGAGGGCGAACAGGAGAUGGAGGAGGAGGUGGCGGAGACGGCGGUGCCCAACGUCAUGGAGACGGCCUUCUACUUCCAGCAGGCGGGCGUGGGCCUGAGCUCCGACGAGAGCUUCCGCGUCUUCCUGGCGCUGAAGCAGCUGGUGGAGCAGCAGCCCAUCCGCACGUGCCGCUUCUGGGGCAAGGUCCUGGGGCUCAGCCGCAGCUACCUGGUGGCCGAGGUGGAAUUCCGGGAGGGCGAGGAGGAGGGGGAGGAGGAGGAGGGGGAGGAGCCGAUGGAGGGCGGCGAGGCCCUGGAGGCGCCCCCGGAGGAGGAGGGCGAGGAGGACGAGGACAGGCUCGCCGACGUGGUCCCCAAGCCCACGUGGAAGCCGCCGCCCGCCGUCCCCAAGGAGGAGAGCCGCUCGGGCGCCAACAAGUACCUGUACUUCGUGUGCAACGAGCCGGGCCGGCCGUGGACGCGGCUGCCCCACGUCACUCCGGCCCAGAUCGUGCACGCCCGGAAGAUCCGGAAGUUCCUCACCGGCCGCCUGGACGCGCCGGUCGUCAGCUACCCGCCCUUCCCCGGCAACGAGGCCAACUAUCUGCGCGCGCAGAUCGCGCGCAUCUCGGCCGCCACGCACGUCAGCCCGCUCGGCUUCUACCAGUUCGGCGAGGAGGAAGGCGAUGAGGAGGAGGAGGGCGGCGCCGGGCGCGACUCCUACGAGGAGAACCCCGACUUUGAGGGCAUCCCCGUGCUGGAGCUGGUGGACUCCAUGGCCAACUGGGUGCACCACGCGCAGCACAUCCUGCCGCAGGGCCGCUGCACUUGGGUGAACCCUUUGCAGAAGACAGAGGAGGAGGAGGAGCUGGGAGAGGAGGAAGAGAAGGCAGAUGAGGGGUUGGAGGAGGUGGAGCAGGAGGUGGGGCCUCCACUGCUGACGCCGCUCUCAGAGGAUGCAGAAAUCAUGCACAUGUCGGCGUGGACCGCCCGCCUGUCCUGCACCCUCUGCCCACAGUACUCCGUGGCCAUCGUGCGCUCCAACCUCUGGCCGGGGGCCUACACCUACGCCAUUGGCAAAAAGUUUGAGAACAUCUACAUUGGCUGGGGCCACAAGUACAGCCCUGACAACUUCAACCCGGCCCUACCAGCCUCCAUUCAGCAAGAGUAUCCCAGUGGCCCGGAGAUCAUGGAGAUGAGCGACCCCACGGUGGAAGAGGAGCAGGACCUCAAGGCUGCCCAGGAGCAGGCCCUGGCCACAGCAGAGGAGGAGGAGGAGGAUGAGGAGGAAGAUGAGGAUGAGGACCAGGAUGACUGA